AUGGAGCUCCUAUCUAGACCAAGAACCACGGAGGAACUCGUCGAGCGUUUAAAGAGACUAAAACUCGGCUUGGAUAACGACCCGACGAUUGAAAGGCAGAAGCCGACCUCACAACACGAUCGAGAAGCUAACGCACUUCGUUCACUAUUGCACUCUAUGGUACAAACGUUUUACAGUCAUCCGGAACGAUCAUACGCUGUCGAGGCUGCCUUGUUAUCCCCAUUUUGCAAUGAGGAGAGCUAUGUCCUUUUGUUCGAAGCCUUUGUCAAUUUGAUUGCGGCCGAUUCGAGCGGGAGCGCUAUUCCCGAUAUCAAUCACGUCGGAAAGAAGCUUCAGCUGGGAUAUGCUAUUCAGUGCCUCACGGACCGGCUCACGAGGGCUUGUUCGGCGGCCGAUGAUGCGACCCAAUAUCAACUACUGCGCACGUUGUCAACGAUUUUAGAUGUUAUGAACGAAGUUAAAUUCGAAGGUAUCAGCGACACCCAAAUAAUGCAGCCCCUAUUCGACCUGCUAGAAAAUGUGAGCGGGCAUCUCGACUUGCGUCUCUCCCAGAUAGCACAAUAUGCAAAACAGGCCUUGCGCGGCAUCCACAGCGACGUUAGCCCAUGGGAAAAACUCGGCAAAAGUGCAUGGAACGUAGUCAAGGGUGGCGCCGCAGUUGCUGGCUCCGUCGGGACCUUGGAUCCUAGCAAAUUACUAGAGGGUCUGGAAGCAGUAGGUGAAGUAGCGAAGAUGGUAAAGCUGAUCACAGACAUCAUUGAUGGGCUCAAUAACAUAAGCGACGUGAAUAAGGAUGUCCAGACCCUUAAAGGUCCCGGGCAAUGGUAUGUGGCGCUUCGCUAUACGGACUUGACAAUCCAGGGACGAAAGGGCGUCAUCCUUGAGUCUUUACUUAAGAACCUCAAACCAUCAUUGAAAAAGGACGAAAACUUUUUAUGUGGGCUCUGUGCACUUUUGGAACAGGCCAUCCACGAUAAUUCAGAUAACGAGGUCAUUAAAGUCCUGAGGGGGUUCUUGACAGACCAACGCGCCAUAUCCAAGUCUAGGCGCGUUCGCGAAUGGGUCAAUUUGAUAGUUGGGCCUGCGAAGUCAACAAAACCCUCUAAGACCAAGCGGUUGCUCUAUAGGCUGCACCUCUCACGGGAAUACUUUACUACUGUGGGAUACCAGAAAGCGCCAUCCCAGACAUUAGAAAAUGUGCUGUUGGAGAAGGCGUGGCCUACUUGCCAUGAAGCUAAGGUAUUCUAUGCUGAUCAAGUGAUACGAAACUACUAUACCGAUGAGAUACUCGGGCGACUCAAUGUUGAACGAAUUGGCAAUAACGAGAGGUUGCCCAUGGACAAAUGCUAUAUCAACUUGGCCAUUGUGCAACGCGAGGCGAAAGAAAAUAAGGCUGUUGAACAGCCCUCAUUGUCGUUCCACCGCCGCCUAGCCAUCUGGGAACCCAAGGAGUCGGAUCGUGUCUCGCUAGUGGACCUCUUCCAGUCGGAAUCAGAUGCCGAACAGGCAAAUAAACCUUCGUAUCAGCGUAUACUCAUCCGCGGACAGGCCGGUGUAGGCAAGAGCACUCUCUGUAAGAAGAUCGUUUACGACUAUAUUUACCAUAAUAUGUGGUUGACAAUCAUUAACCGCGUCAUUUGGCUACCGCUACGUCAGCUCAAGGGUCGAGACAUGCAGAAGUAUAACUUUAAACGGUUAUUAUACGAGCGUUAUUUCAAUGAUGGCUCCCAGGAGGGUGUAUUGCUUGCUGAUGGGUUAUAUGCUGAAAUUAUUAAGGAGGAAAGUACAACGCUCUUUAUUCUGGAUGGCCUAGACGAAGUCCUGGAGGAUAUAUCUUCGGGCGAGUCUGAAUUACUCCUAUCUCUCUUGCAAAAGCCUCGAGCGAUUAUUACCACGCGGCCUUAUGCGGUUGACCGAACCCUAAUUAAAAAUAUCGAUCGAGAGGUUGAGACGAUUGGAUUCUAUAAAGAUCAAGUGGGGCAAUAUAUUAAAGCCGUGGCGCCAAAGAUUGUAGACGAAGUUAAGGCUUUUCUAAGUACCCAUCCGAGAGUCGAAGAACUGGCAAGCAUCCCCGUCCAGCUCGAUGCCUUUUGUUACAUUUUCGAAAGAGGAACCUUUGAUGAAGGCGAAGGCCCACAGACCAUGACCGAGCUCUACAAUGCCAUCGAGCAGAUGAUGUGGAAGAAGGACGUGGUUCAAUUGGAAAAGAAUCGCCAAGGCCGAUCGGGGCCAAUUUAUAAGAACGUGGCCUUCAGGUUGAACCCCAAAGAGCUUAAGGGCUUGGUCCAAGGAGAAGUAAACGCACUACAGGCCCUUGCGUUUGACGGAUUAAAUAACAAUACGGAAGAAUUUGACUUCAAGUACAUGGACAAGUUCUGGGAGAGAGAAUAUGUCCUGACUGAGCACCUCGCUAAAGCGGAAUACUCAAUGUCAUCGAAAGACUUGGAAGAAUUAUCAUUACUUCGCACUUUAGACGGCGGCGUCGCAGCUAGGAAUAGAAGCUAUCACUUCCUUCAUUUGACAUUUCAAGAAUAUUUUGCGGCUCAGUACUUUGUGCAGCACUGGCCGGACAAGCAUCUACCACAAUUGGGAGUGAGCACCAACGAAUUUCUCCGGAGAGAGAAAUACAACCCGCGUUUUAACAUCAUGUGGCGCUUUGUUACUGGCCUACUUCAUGCUAAGGGGGACGCAAGAAAGUUCUUUGAGACGAUCGAGACAGAGCCAUAUGACCUCCUCGGAUUCGUACAUCAACGUCUUGUUAUGGAUUGUUUAGACGAAGUUGCGAAACUACAAAAGACGGCGGAUUUCGAGCUUCGUACCAACUUAGAAGAUCAUUUAAAGCAGUGGCUACUAUUUACAAAAAGGAUGCAGGAAAAGUACUCUUCCGGUUGGGCAUUCAUUUGUGAAUAUCCCGAAAAGGUGUUGCAACAAUGCUUGUCGAAGUCAGAUGAUGAGUCACUGCAAGGCAUUAUUCUAGGAGUACUAAAGUGGCGCCCCAUACUCUCAUCAGAUACGGUUAACCAAGUUAUCAAGUACUGUGAAAGUAGCAACCGGGGAUUGCAAAUUAACGCUCUUGGGGUGCUCUCAUCUCACAAGUAUUUACCGAGUAACCGCCUUCAUACGAUACUGAAACUAAUAGGGAAUUCCGAUGCAAGCAUCCAAUACGGCGCCAUAUCGGUGUUAAGUGCACAAUCAGACUUGCCAGAUGCGAUUUUCUCAGAGCUGAUUGCGCUCGUGAAACACGGAAACAAGAAAGUACGGUCCUCCGCACUCGAAACCUUGACAUCUGUUUGGACUUUACCAGAGAGGACUCUUCUAGAAAUGGUAGCCAUAGUACCAGAUCUAGAUGAGGAUGGUGUGAGAGAAAUAAAAGAGUGGACAUUCAAAAGACGGCUCGACCUACCAGAAGAAAUUGUCCUAAAGAUGCUGGAUGCAAUCCAAAGAAGCCGAUCGGAAGAACAAUCAGAAUCCCAGUGGAAUAUAGUCCAUAUGCACCGAGCAGCCAAACAAUCGGGUCGCAUUAUGCCCAAAGUUGUAGAAAAGCUACUGAACAUGUUAGAGGACCCAAACAGUAAUGUCCGGGAAAUUGGUGCAUAUUUUCUUUGUGGCUACGGACUGAAGGACGAUCCAGAUCUCCUUUACAAAAUUAUGGAUAUAGUUGAGAAGCCCAACCUCUCUCAUAGUGCGGGACUUCUUUUAUCUGUCAUUCAAGGUCUACCGGAAAACAUCCUCCACAAAAUAGUAGAUUGUUUGGAGAAUUAUGACACAGGCAUCCAAUCCACAGCAACGAGUAUCUUAGGACGGCAAGCUGUCGAGUUCUCAACGGCCAUUCUUCAAAGGAUGAGCAGUUUACUAAAUAAUCCAAGGAAGCGACAAUUUGCGACAGAAGCCUUACAUGAUCAGCGCUGUCUGCCAGAACAAAUCUUGCAAACGUUAUUGAACCAAUUUAAAGAUCCAAGGACUCGUUUAUAUGACCAGAAACUUAUUCUAUCGAAUCAGUCAGCCCUACCGGAUAGUAUUCUUCAACAACUCAUAGCUUUAUUGCAAGUUGAAGAUGCAGAACUGCAGUGCAUGGCGAAGGAUGUAUUUUCAUCUAUUCGAUCAACCCUCCCGGAAAUAAGUAUUAGAAAACUGACAAUCCUUUUGGACUGUAAAAACAUAAACAUCCAGUAUGCUGCAAUGCAGGCUUUGAUUAAGCAAUCAUCCUUACCCGGGGAAGUUGUUCGCAAGAUUGUUUCGAGUAUAUGGCACUAUGACGAAUUAAAGAUUAGGGAUAUUUUCAAGAAUGAUAUGGACUUGGAACUGGUGCAACGGUUCAUCAUGAUGCCUGAGCUCUUGUCGGAUAAGAUACGCCUAUUGAAACAUCCUAAUCGCAACGUCAGAAUUGGUGUAUUACAUGGCUUGGAGCGGAUACCGGAUCUACCGGGCGGUAUUCUUGAGGAGAUGGUACAUUUGUUGGGGGUUGCAGACGAGGAUUUAUUAUACGGGGUGAUACAAGUCUUUCUCGAGCAUCUUGGAAAGUCAGGCUCGCUAGACAGUGUCCCUGAAGAGAUGACACAUCUGUUUGACCAUUCAAAUAAGAAAAUUCGUGAUGCGGCGGUUUCAGCUUUCGCUCAGCAGCCGUCUGUUCUGUCAAAGCAGAUUUUGCAAAAUUUGGCACCGCAGUUGAAGGAUUUCCAAGCUGAUGCCCUCCAUGAGUUAUCACCCCUUCUGGGAUUACAGCCAACUUUACCAGAAAUGAUGCUUCAAGAUCUCGUUGCUAUUAUGCUAAACGAUCCACUGGACACCGGGAAUGCUGCGGCUGACAUUCUCACCGAGAGCUUGGUCCAGUCAGAUGCAACAUUCAAUUUAUUGUUUGACCUACUGGAUGAGGAAUCGUUCACUCCGUUAUUUAAAUUCUGGGUGAAAGAAAGCUUCGGUAUGAGCAUGACGUGGCUUGUCGAUGGAAAGAAUUCCAUUAUCAGCUUGCGGGGAAGAGACAGGAGCAUCCCCCUAGAUAAGUUGAAGAAUAUAGUCCGCAAAGCGCGAGAAUCCUUAGGCUUCCCCUACCAGGACUUUGGCCAAGUGCUCUAG